AUGUACAUAUAUUUAAAGUUUGAUGGCAAGACUUUAGUUGUCCCGGAUGUGAAUCUCCAGGAUGGCUAUUUACCGAUGGUCGGUAAAGUUGGAGGGGACUUAAAAUUUAUAGAGCCAGGGAUUUGGUUUAAAACUUUGGUCGUCGACUCCGUGUUGGUUGAUUGCGAUUUCAAAGUUCUACAAUGGAUUAAAUCAAACGACAGUCAAUGUCCAUUGUCGUUAGACGAACGAGCGUCAAUGUCGCCAAACAAACAACUAGAGGUACUUGGUCUGAAAGAGACUGUAGAGAGUAGGUGCAUGGAAUUUGAUUCGGAGGUAGAUGACCUAUUUCAUUCGGCGAAAUUUUUUUUUGAAAAUCCACAAAUCCUACCUGCAGGGGCUUCCGUGUGCGUCAGUGUUGAACCAGACCUUGAAGACCAUUUGCCAUCUAGAUUUUACAAGGAAAUCCUUCGUCUGGUGCACUGCUAUAUUCUACCAUUGAUUAACUUGAACCUUGAUGAUGCACCAUCUCUGAGGACAUCUCUCCGAUGUAUUGAAGUUUGCCUAAAAAAUGUUGAAACAGAAAUCCUUCAAAAAGACAAAGCUAUUUCACUCACUGAGAGUUCCUUGCGUAAACAAAGAGACAGUUUUCUUAAAGAUCCAAAAUUUGAAAGAGAAAGUUAUAUCAGGGAGUGCAGUGUUGAUUUCUUAAAAGCAUUUCUCAUUCACUUAGAAAAAGACAUUCAAAAAGAAGCUGAGCAAAUGCAAACAUGUCAAGGUAAGGUCAAUGAGUUGAGGGACAUGCAUGGCAACCACAAGAAAGAGCAGCUGGAUCAAGCACGCAAAGAGAGGGACAGUGUACACAAACUUCUCACAGAAAUGCAAAUGAUGCGAGAAAAUAUCAAAAAUGUAGUUGUACGUCAACCAAUACCACCAUCUAGAAAAAGAAAGUCUAGGAAAGUCAGUGUAAAAGUAUUUCAUGAAAUUUACUUGGAGAUUACUGUCAGGCUUAAAAGUGAAAAGGAAAACAUGCACAAGCUAAUUUUACGAAAGGUUAAAAUAGCUUCUGUCAGAGAAGCGAUCUGUUUAGCACUAGGAGAAUUGGAUACAGUAGGGCACUCCAUGGGCUGGCAGUCACUUUACGAUGGAGCCAGUAAUUCAACUGAUGUUGGCAUCUUAAGUACUAAACCAAAGAAAUGGGCAACCCUUGGAGAAAGAGUGUCUUCUAUUAUCAACAGUGGAGAGGCACAGCAUCAUCAUCAUCAUUUCUGUGAUAUCCUUUCACAGAAAAUUGAUGGAUCUAUGGACGAAGCUAAUUUGUUUGUCCAGUUGUCAGAAAAUGUCCAGGAUCCAGAAUGUGAAGGAUUUGUAAACAUUUGUAGCUUCGAAGAUACAAAUACAAACAAAGACAGUAUGCCAUGUUCAGAGGAUUGCAAGUCAACACUGGUGGUGAACAUUCAUAGUGAUAAAGCGAUUUCUGUGUCAAAGGAAGUUUACCACCCAAAUACACUGCCUCUUCAUUCACUCAUGGACUCUGUUAAGUCAGAGAUAAAAAAGCACUUGGAAGAAAUGUGUAAGCAUAUAAUUCAUGCUCUUGGACAGGAAGAUCUGAGAGAGAAUUCGAAAGUCACACAGAUUUCAAGAAAAAACAAUAAAGACAUACUUAAAAGUGUUUGGCUUUGCUAUGAAUCUCAUUUGUAUGAGAAAAUUAAUGUCAAACUUAAUAUGUUGUAUGAGAAGAGAUAUAGGAGAAAGUCAACAAAUCUGGCAGAGAAACUUAAAGGGGUUUCUUUGCAUGAACUUGGCAUUGAUGAUCCUUGGCUAACUAUUGUGUCUGAACCCAACGACUGGGAAAACACCACACCAAAAGAACCGUUUGGUGAUGUGGACUCAGUAGAGCUGAGGAACAAUAAAACUAGAGGAAAAAAAAGACAAGAAAAAAUUAAGAAGCUGUCUAACAAACUUGAAGCCAUGUCCAUAGAAAAGCUUUAUCAGGCUGCCAAUAAUGAGUUGGAGGGUAUGGAGGAUAUAGAUUUUCCAUUCAGUGAGCCUGAGGAUGAAGACAUCAGCAGUGACAUAUUCACACUACCAAAAGGACAUAAAAGCAAUGAGGCAGAUAGAACCAGUCCGCCACCAUAUGAGGAGGCAUUAGUCAUGCCAGUGGCUGCACCAUCUUCUGAGGAAUCUUUACACCAGCCAACAUACAAGAAAGUUUCUAAGAUUUCAGAAAGCCCUGAAGUAUUCACAAUGGCAAGUACACAAUCUGAGCUGCUGGAAAAUCCAUCCAAGAGGAAUGGCCAAGUGCUGCCCCCUGGUGAUGGAAUACAUUGUCUUUCUUCAGAAGAGACCAUUAGAGGGUUCAGCGUUAACAUUGAGGAAGUGAUCAAAGUUGCUCCAAUCAACUUAAAGAUGAAGAAUAUAACAAAAGCAUUCAAGUCUGUUGCUAAGGAAGUAUCAAAGUUUAAGAUGAAUGCUUCCCCCCAUGGUGCCGUGUACCAGCCAUGCGCUGAUGACAUGCUUACUGUGAUCAUUGUCAUGUUGACACAGCUGGAUACAGAAAUUUUCACAAAACUAUUCGCACAUUUAAACAUGAUUCUUGAUAUGAUGCCUCCAUUCAUGACUGGAAGUGAACAUGACUGUGCCCUGAUGAACUUCCACAUUGCCUUCCAGUACCUGUUUGAUAGGCAUGUCUUAGAUCAGUCAAGGAGCAGCAAAGAUCUGGAUUUGUGA